AUGGCAGCGCAGCCGUCUUCGGGUAAAAGGAACAGAGACUCGCUCAGCAGCUCUGAAAAUUACCUGACCGAGGUCAAUGUUGAGACGACUUUCAGCUUCGAUCGCAGCAAGACCCUUUCCCUGUCCGACUAUCGCCCGGAUCCGAGUCGCUCUACGUCAAGUCAUCAAGAGCAUCGCGUUUACGAGGUUCGUGGCGCUGGAGGAUCAUCAACGAAGCAGGCAGCCGACCGGAAGAACCGAUGGUGGAAAGAGGCACAGAAGUCGGCUAUGAAGCAGGCAUGUGCCAUGAAUGCAGCCUACCGAGAAGCGAAGCAGAGCAUCCGCGAGAGACUCGAUAAAUGUUACGAGUGGACAAGUGCCUUCAUUUGGGACAGCCUGGGACAGCACGAUACGGCGUCGGACAUUGAUUUGGCCAUGAUGCAGGGCAUCAUCCUGGAGACGGCUAAAUGCUGUAUCAGACGUAGAAAGAUAUGA